GACAAAUUCAAUUAGGGUUGAAAUAUUUCUCUCCUAGUCGUUUAAGAAGAUUUUCGACAUUCAGCCAGAGACUCCAUGGACAGGAUAUCCGAGUUGCCACGAGACAUCUUACAGCAAAUACUGAAUUUCCUUUCCCAAAAAGAGGCUGUCCGAAUAUCUGUCUUGUCUAAAUCGUGGCGUUAUAAUUGGUGUAUCCGCACCAAUCUUGAUUUAUCAUACAACAACUUCAGAGGAAACAAACUUCAAUUUCUCUCCGUUGUGGACAAUAUCUUACGUCGACAGCAUGACGAGAGGCUGUCCUUGUCGGAAUUUCACCUUUCAAUAUCUCAAGUCUAUCCGGAUCACACAUCGGUUUUUUACCUUAAAAAGUGGGUCCCGUUACUCACGGUUAUAGGUGUGAAGAAGUUCCGGCUUUCUGUCUAUAUGAGUCACACACAUCAUGCAUAUCGUAAACCGCCUCUUAAACUGCCCCCCGUAGUCUUUGGAGCCGAAUCACUACAAGAUUUGCAUUUGGAAAACUUCGAGUUCGACAGAAAGACUAUCGAGAGGAUACUACCGUGGAAGCAUUUAAGAUCACUUUGUCUCCAAAAAGUCUACAUCGAAGAUGAGAUUUUGCAGAAGAUAAUCCUAGGUUCUCCUUUACUCGAAACCCUAAAUGUCCAAGGGGAUUGUCGGAGGGUAGGCACAGUUAAUUUGAAUCAUCUUCACAAUCUCAAGUACUUGUCUUUGCAGCUGUGUGAGAGAGAGGUUGACCAGUAUUGUAGCUUUGAAAUCCACCCACCAUCUCUCGAGACCAUCGAACUUCGUUAUAGUAAUAUUUCGUACCACACAGGAGACGAUUUUCGUAAUCUCCAUUCUUUAUUUAUAAGCAACGUGAGACCAUCGUCAUUGGACCGCUUGUCGUCGACUAUAUUCCCAUGUCUUAAACGCUUGACUAUAUCGAAUUGCUUCGGAAUCGAAGAAAUCAAGCUAUUUAUUAAUGCCCCAAACAUACUGUAUUUUGAAUAUCACGGGCUCAAAGUCCCAUCCAUCUCUUUUGCAGCAACUUCCAGCAAGUGGAAGUCAGAGAUAUACCUAGUCUAUCAGGGUUCUUCGUGGCUCCUCAAGCUAAAUGAACUGCUCAAUUCACUAAGCCACUCCGAAAUUUCUCUGGCAGUCGAUCAAUACUGCAGGAUAAACGGAAACGUUAUGGUACGAGAGAAUGUUCAUAAUAGACCUAUUGUGGAGAGCUUGAGGAUGGGGUCUGAUCUUGUAAUUGUUAUGUUUUUUAUUUGUCGUCCAAGAAACAUUUACGGAUACAAGAUAAAAUCGGCGAGGUUAUGGAAGUUUCUAAUGGAGAGAGAAAGUGGAAACGAAGACGAGUUGUUUCGAGGUUUGGAGGAAGUAAGCAUCGAGACGAGAGUGGACAUUCGAGAAGGAUGGCGUCCGUCAACUUCGUUGGACUUUAAAUUACCGGGGUUGGAAUUUCGAUUGGCAUUGAAAUGGAGAAAUACUCCUCUGUGAGUACUCCUACUAUUAUUAGUCUCUGCUGAUAGUUUUUAUUUGCUUAUUAAUUUAUUUGCUUCUUAAGAUCAACUCUUUCAGUCUUUCUUUUCUUUGGUUUGAUUUAUUCAAAUUAAUACAAGAUUAUUUAUUGGAUGACAUCAAUUGCUGUGGGCUUUAUAUACAACUGCUCAUUUUCACAUACUUGAAUCCAAAUGACAGCAAUUAAUAAUUCAGUCACUGUUUGUUCAAAUUAUUUACUUCCCAAAUUUAUAAAAAUAAGUCAGUGUGAAAACGUGUGCUUGUGCUCGUAUAUUUCAUCAUUUGUCGCGCACACACACACACCGAAUUUUAUCAAAAUGUUUAAAAGAAAGAUGAAAGCGAACCGACAACUAGUAAUAUAUGGUGGUUAUACAUAAAUUACAAAUACAUAAAACUAGAGUACAGUUUCGGCCGUUGAAAGAUGUCACCGGACAAACAUUCAUAUA